AAAGCCACAGCCCCCUGACAGAAAGUCUGCUCUGUCCUUCAGGUCAGGAGACCCCACAGUCCACCAGCAUGAAGCCUCUCCUCCUUGUAGCGCUGCACGGGUGCCUCGCUGCUGCGUUUGCGGCCCCGGCUGAGAAAGUGAAAUGGUGCGUAAAGUCCGACCAAGAAUUAAGGAAGUGCAUGGAUCUUGCAGCUGCAGCUCCUGCUUUCUCCUGCGUGAAAAAGGAAAACACCCUUGAGUGCAUUAUUGCAAUCAAGGCUGGGGAAGCUGAUGCCAUCACAGUAGAUGGAGGAGACGUUUACACAGCAGGACUGAAAAACUACGACCUCCACCCCAUCAUUGCCGAAGACUACGGCGAGACUUCAGACACCUGCUACUACGCUGUGGCCGUGGCGAAGAAGGGAACCGGAUUUGGCAUCAGAGAGCUCGGAGGGAAGAAAUCCUGCCACACCGGUUUGGGAAAAUCUGCAGGCUGGAACAUUCCCAUUGGAACUCUGAUUUCAAUGAAUAUCAUUCAGUGGGCCGGCAUUGAGGACAAACCUGUGGAGGAGGCGGUGAGCACCUUCUUUCAAGCAAGCUGUGCCCCAGGAGCAACAAGGGGCUCUAAGCUGUGUGAACUGUGCAGGGGAGACUGCUCCAGAUCUCAAAGGGAGCCCUACUACGACUACUCUGGAGCCUUCCAGUGUCUGGCAGAUGGCGCGGGCGACGUGGCAUUUGUGAAGCACCUCACUGUACCCGAGGCUGAGAAGUCCAAAUAUGAGCUGCUUUGCAAGGAUGGUACAAGACAGCCCAUUGACAACUAUAAAACCUGCCACCUGGCCAGAGUGCCUGCUCAUGCUGUUAUCACCCGCAAGGACCCAGAACUGGCCGACUUGAUCUGGAAUAGUCUCAACGGAGUACAGAACUUCCAGCUCUUCUCCUCUGAUGCGUACGCCCCUGCCAAGAAUCUGAUGUUCAAGGAUUCGACACAGAAACUGGUGCGCGUGCCCCCCAACACAGACUCCUUCUUGUAUCUGGGUGCCGACUACAUGAGCAUCGUCCACUCCCUCAGAAAAGAGCAGACCACGGGAACGACGUCCACUGGCAUCAGAUGGUGCGCCGUGGGCCACGCAGAGACUGAAAAGUGUGACACUUGGAGUAUCAACAGCGUGACUGACGACAGCGCCUCCAUUGAGUGCCAGAACGCGCCGACUGUUGAGGAGUGCUUCCAGAAGAUUAUGCGCAAGGAGGCAGAUGCAAUGGCAGUGGACGGAGGACAGGUGUUCACGGCUGGGAAGUGUGGUCUGGCUCCUGCCAUGGUGGAGCAGUAUCAGCAGGAACUGUGUGGCUCUUCUCCAGCCACAGCCUCCUCUUAUUAUGCCGUCGCCGUGGUGAAGAAGUCUUCAGGGGUGACCUGGGCCAACCUGAAGGGAAAGAAAUCCUGCCACACAGGCGUGGGCAGGACAGCGGGCUGGAACAUCCCCAUGGGGCUGAUCUAUGCGCAGACCAAAGACUGCAACUUUGCUAAUUUCUUCAGCAGCGGUUGCGCCCCUGGAUCCGAAGCCACCUCUCCAUUCUGCCGUGAGUGUAAAGGGAGCGGCAAAGCCGUGGGAGAUGAAGCCAAGUGCAAAGCCACUGCAGAGGAGCAGUACUACGGUUAUGCUGGAGCUUUCAGGUGUCUGGUGGAGGGUGCUGGUGAUGUUGCUUUCAUUAAACACUCGAUCGUUGGCGAAAACAGCGAUGGUAACGGUCCGGAUUGGGCUCGUGGCGUGAAUUCUGCCGACUACCAGUUGAUCUGCCCUGGAAAAGAUCCGGUGCCAAUCAGUGAAUUUGCCUCCUGCCACUUGGCUUCUGUCCCGGCACACGCUGUGGUAACUCGCCCUGAGAUCCGUGACAGAGUGGUCCGCGUUCUCCAGGACCAGCAGACCAAGUUCGGAGCCAGUGCCGGUGAUUCCACGUUCAAAAUGUUCCAGUCCACCAGUGGAAAGAACCUCCUCUUCAAGGACUCAACCAAAUGCCUCCAGGAAAUUCCAGCUGGAAGAUCUUAUGAGCAGUUUUUGGGACCGGAGUACAUGUCUGCCAUGGCCUCGCUCAGAGCCUGCAGUGACACUGCUUCAGAUCUGGAGAAAUCUUGCACUUUCCAUACCUGCCAGCAACCCUAAAAGUGUCCUGGACAGUUCUCCACCUAAGUUGGCCAACAGUGAUUCAACUACACUUCCGACACACUCAACCCUCUAAAUCCCAUUGCUUUAAUCAAACCGAUCUUGUUGCCUGUUUUUAUACGCAAUCAGCACGGAGUUUUUACAAAAUUCAAAUCAAUAAUCAUGUAACCCUGUUGUUCUAUGUAUUGUGACUCUACUUGUAAAAAUAAACAAAACAAAAUCACACUUCCAACAUUAUUGGACCAACUUUGCUUUUUCCAGUGUCUGACUUUUCCCAAAUAAAAUCUCUCAAAAGUUU